AUGUCCUGGCCCCCCAGCCAUCGGGCGGCCUCAUCUAUCCCGUUAUUGGGACCCACCCUUCGGAUGAGCCUGUGGAGGCACUCCCGCGUCCGGAUGACAGGGCCUGUGAAUACCGAGUGGAAGAGACGUGGUCCCUUGCCUUUUCCCGCUUACGUGUUGUUGUAUCGUGUACUGUGCCCAAUCAAUGGUUUCAUUCCCUUGCCAUUGUACACGAUGAAGCUGAAUUGGAGGUUGCUUUGUCAAACAUGA